UUAAAGAUCAGAGAACCAGCUGGCUCCAUCCUAAUUGCAGAGACCUCCUCCUCUUCCUUACUUAGCCUUACCCCUGAAGACUUUAAAACCCAGCCUGUCUUACUUUACAAAGCCAGCCUCUGACAACACCAUGAAGACAUACAGUAUCGUCGUCUGCCUGGCUCUUCUUGCUCUUUGGGUAGAGCUUCCAUCUGCAUCUGGACAGAGUAUUUGGAAACCUGGAGCUUGUCCACGAGAUAACAGAGUAUGCAUUAGUAACGAGGAUGAUCUGUGUAGAAGUGAUGCUGAUUGCAAAGGACAGAAGAAAUGCUGCUAUAACGCAUGUGCGAAGCGUUGUGUACUCCCCGUGAAAGUAAAGCCUGGAUCCUGUCCACUUGAUCCAACAGCAUGCCUUCCUGGAGGGCGUGUUCUUUGUUAUGGUGACUUUGACUGUCCUGGAUCUCAAAAGUGCUGUUCCUAUGAGUGUGUGGUGCAAUGUAAAGACCCCGUAUAAGCAUAACUCCCUACUGCACCAAGAGGCCAAAGAUGUCUCCGGAAGAAGAAUCAAGACAGAACAGGAGCUCAGUGGCUAGAAUCCCCUGCAUCACUUGUCACUUCCCACCCAGCUGCAUACUCAUCAGCACUGUGUAGCUGACAUGUCAUGUAGAAUGCCUUCAGACUGCAGUUGCUGACCCUUCCUCUGAAUCUCUGUGUGUUUAUCUGGCCUACCAUACAGUGCCUGUGUACAUAAUUUUUAUAUUCAUUAGAGAAGGUUGGAUGGCUGUGUGGAACUUGCAGCCAUCACCUGAACUCUCUCUACAACAAGCAUUCAUUCUAAAUUAUACGUUGUCUGCACAAAGAUAUAAUUCAUUGCUGGCAUUUGUUAUCUGACUUUUGGGGAAUAGGAGGGACUGAGGGAGGGAAGACCACUUUUUAAAGAGAAGACAUUUGUGGUCAAUUAGUGUUUCUUAGGGCAAUUUUCUUGAUCCUGGGCUUUGCUACGGUAUUUAAUUAAAUCCCAUUAUAAUACUUGGGUAUGUAACAUUUUUUGGUUGGCGGGGGGGGCGGGGGUUGAGUUGGCUUUGUAGUAUAAUAGCAUAGUACCCGAGCUUCACAAAAGUGUUUGAAUAAAGCGAAGCAUGUUGAUGCCUAAAACUGAUGAAGUGAAUUUCAAAAUGUAACAUUUAUUGAAGAGAUUUUUAAAAGGAAA